GUGGGAUCUACUUCUUGUCUGCAUUUGAGUCAUGAAAUGGGCACGGCGGCCAUUUUAGGAAGCAUGCAUCAUCCGAAAUUGGCAAUAGCUAAUAAAGCUUCAUCGCCCGGUGAACAGAGUUCGAAAGUAGCUACACCUUAG